AUGAAGGCGAAGACCACCAAAGCAGACAGAGCCUCGUUCUUCCUCGCUAAAGUGACAGCUUUGAAAGCCCGCAGAGGCCCUGAACCCUCUCAAGAUGGCGGUGAGCAUUGAGGAGAGGGGAGAGCUCUCUUUCACCUCCCGCCUCCCCAGGCUCACUCGCAAAGGACGACACGAUUACUAUGAGCGAUAUGAUGGCUGAAUUUUCCAGCUCUAAAGAGACCAACAUAUCCUGUCUCAUUCAAACACUGGCUGCUGAACUACAGAAAGAAAUGCAAGAUGCAGGCCUGAGAAGUGCUCACAUGGAACAGAAAAUGGAUAAGUUCACCAUGGCUCACAACAGCCUGGCGGACAAAUUACAAGAGCUAGACUAA